AUGAAGUUCUCUCUCGCUCUCCAGGCCGCUGCCCUGGCUGCUUUCCAGGGCGCUGCUGCCGCUCCUGCAGCCAGCUCAUGCUAUUGCCUGCCUGGCGAUGCGUUCUGGCCCAAGGAGAGUGCUUGGUCUCGGUUCAACUCUACCGUUGGCGGCCGCCUCGUGGCUACUGUGCCCAUCGGCUCGCCGUGCCAUGAUCCCACCUACGACGCUGCUGCAUGUGCCCAGCUGCAGUCGCAGUGGACGAACCCCUUGACCCACAUCCCGUCUUCCUCUUCAGUCAUGCAGACCUACUUCGCCAACCAGAGCUGUGACCCCUUCACAGACCGUGCGAAGCCCUGCACCCUCGGCAACUACGUCAGCUACGCUGUUGAUGUCGAAUGCUCGUCUGAUGUGGCGAGGGCUUUGAAGUUCGCCAAGGCCAACAACCUUCGUGUUGUCGUCCGCAACACCGGUCAUGACUUCCUUGGCCGAUCCACUGGUGCUGGUGCCCUUGCCAUCUGGACCAACCACCUCAAGUCGAUCGACUUUGUAGACUGGGAUGAUGAAUACUACACCGGUCCUGCUGUCUCCGUGGGCGCUGGUGUUCAGGGCUAUGAAAUCCUUGAGGCUGCCAACGCCAAAGGCCUCUCUGUCGUUACUGGCGAGUGUGCCACUGUCGGUCUCGCCGGCGGCUUCACCCAGGGUGGCGGCCACUCUGCCCUGAGCACACAGUUUGGUCUGGCAGCUGACCAGACCCUGUCCUUCCACGUCAUCACCGCCGACGGACGCACCGUGACGGCCUCGCCCAAGGUCAACCCUGACCUUUACUGGGCCCUCAGCGGAGGCGGCGGCGGCACCUUUGGCGUCGUCGUCGGCAUGACCGUUCGCGCCUAUCCAGCUGCCCCCGUCGGUGGUGCAUUGUUCCAGCUCCUCAAGCCCACGACGACGCCCGAGAAGUUCGCCGCCGCCAUCGACGCUUUCCAGGAUGCGCUCCCCGGUAUGAUCGACCACGGCGCCAUGGUCGUCUACUACAUGAACAGCAUGAUGCUUGUUGUCAAGCCUCUGACACUGUGGAACUCGUCUGCCGAACACGUUCGCGACGUCGUCCUGAAGCCCUUCACCACGGCUCUAACCGAGAUCGGCAUCAACCUGCCCGUCGCAUACAGCACCCUGUCCUACCGCGACCACUACGACCGCUACAUGGGCCCGCUGCCCAAGGGCAGUCUCGAGGUGGCCCGCUACCAGUUCGGCGGCCGUCUCAUCCCCCGCUCCGCUUUCUCGGACGCCAACCGCCCGGCCCUCAAGGCCGUCAUUGGCAACCUGACCGCCAACGGCGUCCUCGCCGUCGGAUCCGCCGGCACCUACAAGAAGCCCGCCGGCGCCGCCGACAACUCCGUCUUCCCCGCCUGGCGCGACACCCUCGUCCAGAUGCAGCUCAUCACCGAUUGGGACAGCAAGGCGCCCUGGGACAACAUGCUCGAGGCCCAGCGCCGCAUGACUGAGCAGUUCAUGCCCCAGAUCGAGGCCGUCACCCCCGGUAGCGGCUCGUACAUGAACGAGGCCGACUUCAGGCAGCCCAACUGGCAGAAGGCCUUCUUUGGCGGCAACUACGCCGAGCUACUAAAGAUCAAGAAUAAGUGGGACCCCGAGGGUAGGCUGUACGUGCUCAAGGGCGUUGGCAGUGAGAGGUGGUCUGUCGCUGCCGAUGGCCGUAUGUGCAGGGCGUGA